CCUAAAUGAUUCGCGGGAAAAAGUAAAAAAUGGCGACAAGCAGAGUUUGAACUUUAGCGCCUGUACACAUAUUUGCAAGAAGAGACAACUCCUCGCUAAUGUAACGUUACUCAACAGCAACAACAAUAUUUCGAGUUUUAUCGAACCUGGGUUGGAAGUUUAUCAAGGGGGAAGUGUUGUAGUGUGUGGACAGCCCAUCUGCAGCAUGUUGGAGUCAGCAUACAGAGAUGACUUCUGCAGUGUGGAGCCGAAGAAGGGGCUGGAUGCCAAGCGUCUACCCCAGAAGAGGGAGCGGAGCUUCACAGACCUGGAGAGCAGCCUGACCGUGGGCCAGUAUGUCCUGUGUCGAUGGUCUGAUGGCCUAUACUACCUGGGGAAGGUCCAGAGAGUGAGUGCCUCCAAGCAGAGCUGCUUUGUCACUUUUGAAGAUAAUUCAAAAUUCUGGGUUCUCUGGAAAGACAUCCAACAUGCUGGAGUUCCGGGGGAGGAACCCAAAUGCUCGGUUUGUUCUGAAAUGGUGUUGGUGUCUGACAAUGAGAUCCUGAUAUGUGGGAAAUGUGGAAUAGGUUACCACCAGCAGUGCCACCUGCCAGAGGUGGAGAGCUCAAUGGAUUUGUCACCAUGGUUUUGCAGGAGGUGCAUCUUUGCUUUAGCUGUGCGGAAAGGGGGAGCUCUCAAAAAGGGCGCUAUAGCAAAAGCACUGCAGGCCAUGAAGCAGGUGCUUACCUACAACCCAGCAGAGCUGGAGUGGGAUUCUCAGCACCGCACAAAUCACCAACAGUGUUAUUGCUACUGUGGAGGACCUGGAGAGUGGUACUUGAAGAUGCUGCAGUGUUUUCGGUGUCAACAGUGGUUCCAUGAGGCCUGUAUCCAGUGCCUACAGGAGUCCAUGAUGUUUGGAGAUAGGUUUUACUUGUUCAUGUGUUCCGUGUGUAAUAAAGGACUGGAGUACAUUAAGCGCCUGGCUCUCCGAUGGGUGGAUGUGGUGCACUUGGCACUUUACAACCUGGGAGUCCAGAGUAAGAAGAAGUACUUUGAGCUGGAGGAGAUCCUUAACUUUGUCAGCAACAACUGGGAGCAUUUCCAUUUGGGCAAGCUCUCCAAUACUCCUCCAACAGAAAGAGGCCAAUAUCUCCUUGAUGCUCUGAACAACUACAAGAGCAAGUUUCUCUGCGGGAAGGAGAUCAAGAAGAGGAAAUGCAUCUUCCGCCUGAGGACACGCGUUCCACCGAACCCUCCCUCCAAACUCUUUCCCGAGAGGGCCCAAAACGAGGGAUGGAGAGGACGAAAGAAAGGCCCAGACAGGAACAGCUCUCUCCCGGCAGAGAAGAGGAGGAAGAAAAGGUCGAAAUGGCUGCUGGAGGACGCCAUUCCCAAUAAUGACCUGACCUCAGCCUGGAGCACCAACCAUCAUAUGGCCAACAUCUUUGACUUCACAUUGGACGAGUUACAAAGCCUCAAAAGCACUAGCUCGGGACGGACCUUCAGUCUUGACCUGGACUCCACAGACGCUGCCAGCACCUCUGGGUCUGCCACCACCAGUGUCUCCUACGACUUCAGGAAGAAUGUUGGCAGUCGUAAGAGGAAGCUGCCCACCUCUAACUAUACGGUGCUGGCCACUAAGAAGGAGGUGGUGGAGAGCGAGCUGAGCCCCAUGGAGCUGAGCCUACCAGGAGAGGAGGCUGCCUCCGCGAUGCUGGACAACGCGAUCGACAGCCACACCUUUGACAGCAUCAGCGAGGACGACUCCUCCCUCUCCCACCUCAAGUCGUCCAUCACCAACUACUUUGGGGCGGCGGGGCGGCUCACCUGCGGAGAGAAGUACCAGGUGCUGGCCCGCCGGGUCACUCCAGAGGGGAAGGUGCAGUAUCUGGUUGAAUGGGAGGGCACCACUCCCUACUGACCUAGCCGGCCAGACUGGCUGGCUGCUGCAGUCAGGAGGUGUCGCAGAGGAAGGGGGAGUAAUAGGCAAGAUCGACAUAGCAAGGCCUACCUGGUUGUACUCGUUUAUUUUUUUCAUGUUACUUUCUCUUGCUCUACAGUGCUAUCUUUAUUUCAGUAUAUAAUAUUAUUUUGGGUAUAUUGAACCAAUUUGGUAGUGUCCUCUUGAGCAUCUUGAAUAGUAACAAAGCCUGAAAAACUGUGUUCCCGAUGCUAGUUUGAGUAGGUUUGUGAUGGUAAAGAUAGCGAAAGAGUUGGCUCAGAGUUCCAAGAAAGAACAAUACCACUGAUUCUAAAGGAUGGAAGCAAAACUGUCGGAAGAGCACUACUAAAAUACGGGCUCUGUGUCCCUAAAUUCAACAAUAUUCUGCUCUAUUAAUAGUUUUUCACAGUAUUUAAAAAAAAAACUUUCUGUUUAGAAUUAUUUCACAAUAACAGCAAUAUGCCAUAUCUAAGCCACAUUUACAGUGCCUUCAGAAAGUAUUCAUGCCCCUUGACUUAUUCCACAUUUUGUUCUGUUACAGCCUGAAUUCAAAAUGGAUUAAAUGUAUUGUUUCCACCCAUCUAUACACAAUACCCCAUCUACACACACUACCCCAUUUUGCAAAUGUAGGGAAAAUGAAAUACACAAAUAUCUAAUUCACUUAAGUAUUCACAGCCCUGAGUCAAUACUUUGUAGAAGCACCUUUGGCAGCGAUUACAGCUGUGAGUCUUUCUGGUUAGGUCUAAGUGCUUUCCACACCUGAAUUGUGCAACAUUUGCCCAUUUUAUUAUUUUCCAAAUUCAAGCUCUGUAAAAUUGGUUGUUGGAUCAUUGCUAGACAACCAUUUUCAGGUCUUGCCAUAGAUUUAAAUCAAAACUAUAUAUUGGCCGGUCAUUCGCUGUCUUGGUAAGCAACUCCAGUGGGCAUCCCGAGAGGUGCAGUGGUCUAAAGGCACUGGAUCGCAGUGCUAGCUAUGCCACUAGCGAUUCUCGGUUCGAGUCUAGGCUCUGUCGGAGCCAGCCCUGUCCGGGAGACCCAUGGGGCGACGCACAAUUGGCCCAGCGUCGUCCGGGUUAGGGGAGGGUUUGGCAGGGAUGUCCUUGUCACAUCGCGCACUAGCGACUCCUAUGGCGGGCUGGGUGCAGUGCAAAAAAAAAAGCUAAUCCAGUGUAUAUUUGGCCUUGUGUUUUAGGUUAUUGUCCUGCUGAAAGGUAGAUUUGUCUCAUGGUGUCUGGUGGAAAACGGACUGAAUCAAGUUUUCCUCUAGGAUUUUGCCGAUGUUUUAGCUAGAUUCUGUUUCUUAGCGCCCCAGUCCUUAACAAAAAACAUUGAUUGGAGAAGAUUUGGAAAGGCAUACAAGUGUCUAUAUAGGGUUCUACAGUUGACAGUGCAUGUCAGUGAAAAAACCAAGCCAUCAGGUCGAAAGGAAUUGUCCAUAGAGCUCAUAGACAGGAUUGUGUCAAGGCACAGAUUUCGGGAAGGGUACACAAAACAUUUCUGCAGCAUUGAAGGUCUCUCAGAAAACAGUGGCCUCCAUCAUUCUUAAAUGGAAAAAGUUUGGAACCACCAAGACUCAUCCUAGAGCUGCCCGCCUAUCCAAGCUGAGCAAUCAGGGGAGAAGGGCCUUGGUCAGGAAGGUGACCAAGGACCCGGUUGUUACUCUGACAGAGCUCCUCUGUCGAGAUAGGAGAACCUUCCAGAAGGACAACAAUCUCUGCAGCACUCCACCAAUCAGGCCUUUAUGGCAGAGUGGUCAGACGGAAGCCACUCCUCAGUAAAAGGCAAAUGACAGCCCGCUUGGAGUUUUCCAAAAGGCACCCAGACCAUGAGAAACAAGAUUUUCUGGUCUGAUGAAAGAAACCAAGAUCGAACUCUUUGACCUAAAUGCCAAGCAUCACGUCUGGAGGAAACCUGGCACCAGCCCUACGUUGAAGCAUUGUGGUGUCAGCAUAAUACCGUGGGGAUGCUUUGGGACAAGUCUCUGAAUGUCCUUGAGUGGCCCAGACAGAGCCCGGACUUGAACCUGAUUAAACAUCUCUGGAGAGACCUGAAAAUAGCUGUGCAGCAAAGCUCACCAUCCAACCUGACCGAGCUUGAGAGGAUCUGCAGAUAAGAAUGGGAGAAACUCUCCAAAUACAGGUGUGCCAAGUUUGUAGUGUCAUACCCAAGAAGACUCGAGGCUGUAAUUGCUGCCAAACUUGCUUCAACAAAGUACUGAGUAAAAGGUCUGAAUUCUAUGAUAUUCUUGUUUUUAAUUUUUAAUAAAUGUGCAAAAAAAAAAAUGCUUUAAUUUGUUUUUGCUUUGUUGUUAUGGGCUAUUGUGUGUAGAUUGUGGAAAAUGUCAUCCAUUUUUAGAAUAAGGCUGUAAUGUAAAAAAAAAUGUGGAAAGCAUCAAGGGGUCUGAAUGCACUGUAUAAUUUCAUAUUUUUUGGAGUGGUGGCAACGAUUUAGCAGCGGCAGCUCGCCUCUGCUAAAUGAAUAUAGGGGGAAACACUGCAAGCACCUCUUAUAUAGUGUAUAGUCCUGGUUUUCCUUUGGCUCUGUUUAUGCUGACAUAGGUAGUUUGGCUAAGUAGAUGCAAAACUUGUAUUUUCCCGGAAAUGCAAUGCAGAUGAUGGAGAGCUUAACAUAGUACUUUUAGACACUGUAAGAUCUUUUUUGACAUUUGUAAUCUAGAAAGUUACAAUGAGAAUAUUAUGGACUUCAAGGGGUAGUCUUGGUUUAUUUUCUUACAAUAUCCAAAGAUUUCUUUACAUAUUCCUCCCAUCCAUAGUUAUUUCUGUGUUGCCUCAAGACAUAUAUAUAUAUAUGCUGUUGAUUUAUUUUUCACUAACAGUGAAACCUGGGUCGUGUUCCUUAGGGCGCUCAGUGGAAAAAACAAAUAUUUGUGUUUAGGGCUUCAUAUGACAAGUCAAGGUCUUCCCUCCCUGUUUCAUUUUGUUUCCUUCUUUUUCUGCCUAAUGAACAUGAUACAGAAAAUAAAUAUUUGAUUUCAAUAAGUCAGUACAUUAUAAAAGAUAAAUGAUGCUUUCCUAUUAACAUUUCUACGUGCAUAACCCCCUUUGCUUCAUUGCACUAUUGACAUCUUAAACUAUGCAAGUAUUGUUUUUUUUCAAUUCCUUUUACUAAAUAACCAAAUAUUAUUUACAAAUAGUUUUAAUUGAUGAAUAUGGACAUUUGUGAUCAGAAGUCACAUGCUAUAUGCGUUUAUAUUAUUAAUAAGAAAAGUUUGAAGCUAAUUGUAAUAUUUUUCCCAAAUGGCAUUUUGCAACCAUUUAUGCUCUUAUGUCUUUAAAUUACAGUAUGACUGUAUUCACUCUAAAACAAACUGUUUACAUGAGUAGAUUCAUAUCUAUCCUAUUGGAGUCUCCAUUUAAUAUAAUUUUUUGGAUGAUUCUUGAAGUGACAUGUCAAUGGUAAACUUUGUUCAUUGUUUUACAUUAAUAGGCCUUUUUACCAUGUAACAUGCCCAGAGCUGUGUAGAUAGAGAACAUACUGUAUACAUUUCUCCUAUUUGCUAUGCUUGUUAGAAAUGAUAUCUCUCAGCGAGUAUUGUGCAUCCUUUAUUUGUAAUUUGUCAAAUCUUUAUUUGGUAUUUUGAAUUGUAAUUAAAAGCAUUUUGAGA